GCGGUUGCCAUUUUCCACUUGCCAAGUAACUAAUCACAAUAAAUAAAACAAAAAUUACCUGUGUGUAUAAAUAAAGAUACGGGAGAACACGUUUAAUUAAGUCAUUAAUACCACCGGCCUAGAUAGUUGUCAUUGUUUGUUCACGUCGCGGUGUUCUGUGUGCACAUGUAUUAUCUGCUGUGAUAGUGGUCGUAAACAUACACGUAAAUUGUCUAAGAAAUAGUUGUGUAGUAGUUAGUGUGUAGAGUUGUAUUAAGCAUGUCUGAUAGCGGGGACAGUGACGUCGCGUGGACCUACUACAAGGACCGCCCCGAGUGGAAUGACGUGACUCCUGUGCCUGAGGACGAGGGCCCUAACCAAGUCGUCGUUAUCGCUCAUUCUGAAAAAUUUGUAGAUGUAUAUGACUAUUUCCGGGCUGUCCUUCAAAACAAUGAGAGAUCUGAACGUGCCUUACAUCUGACAAAAGAUGCGGUCGAACUAAAUCCAGCUAAUUAUACAGUAUGGCAGUAUAGGAGAGACCUUCUGAAAGCCUUGGGUACAGAUUUGAGAUCCGAGUUGGAUUAUGUAGAAGUAGUUAUUAAGAACUCACCCAAAAACUACCAGGUAUGGCAUCACCGGAGAGUCCUGGUAGAGUGGCUCCAAGACCCUACACAAGAGCUGGAGCUGACAAGAGAUGCCUUAAUGCAAGAUCCCAAAAACUAUCAUGCUUGGCAACACAGGCAAUGGGCUAUUAAAGCUUUUGGGCUGUAUGAUAGAGAACUGGAAUUUGUUGAUAACCUUAUCACAGAAGACGUGCGGAAUAAUUCAGCGUGGAACCAACGAUACUUCGUCAUCAACAACCAUCACGGGUGGUCAGACCUCAAUGUUCAAAGAGAAAUUUGUUACACUUUGGAAAAGAUCAAAUUUAUUAAGAACAAUGAAAGUGCCUGGAAUUACUUAAGAGGAGUAUUACUACACGAUAAGAGAGGUGUUAGCGGAAACGCUGUCGUUACCUCUUUUUGUGAAGAGCUUUAUAAGAAUAAGUGCCGAUCUCCUUACCUGCUAGCUUUUAUCAUAGAUAUUUGCGAUGAAGCUAUCAAAAAAGAAGAUAGCAACUGCAUGCACAAUGCGAAUAGAGCCGUGGAACUGUGUCAAGCGUUAGCCGGGAAAUACGACAAAAUCCGUAGCAAGUACUGGAACUAUAUAUGUGAAAAAUUCAAAAAGUUUCAACAGGAUGAUAACAACAAAGAUACGGCAGAUAAAAUUGAUGAAUGAUUUUAAUACAUAUCAUACAUUAUUGUGCAGUUUAAUUUUGAAUGUUAUAAAAUCAUUAUUCUCUGGCAUUAUUAUGCUUGAUCACUGUCUAAAUAUUUGUACAAACUGUAAAAAAUUGACGAUAAAAAUAGUACAAUCGUUAUAAUGAAAAACAGUUUUAUUGACUUUCUGUUCUUUCUUGAUCUUUUGAUAAAUCGAAUCCAAAAGAUGCUAUCCUGAAAAACAGUUAGUAUUUUAUGUCGCAUGUUUUAUCGGUAUUUGUGUAUAAUUUGUACAGUGUUUAUCAUAAUAAAAGAACGAAAUGGAAA